AUGGCCGUACGGGUCAAUCGUGUUGGUCUAAUUAGGCUGCACAAGUUCGUUACCACGGGUCGAGGCGCGGCCUCCAGGCAGUGCUUGUUGGGAAGUGCACGAUCGCUCUCGAGCACACGUAUCCUUGCUCAGGCGAGUGAGACAACACCAGCAACCCACGGAUUUUCAAAUGGUCUAAAUCUCGGAAAGAUUGCGCUGAAGAAAGACGGCGUCUAUCUCGACACGAAGUUGCGGAUCUCGCCAUUUGCAGAGCUUGAAGUCAAUGAGCGUCCUGGCAGCGAAUCUCUACGCUGGGAUGGGGAGAGGCUGUACUUUGAGAACGCAGAUGGGGAGGACCGAACAUACGUCUCGAAUCUCUGGCUGAGUAUGGCUUGCUUCGAACGUAGACGAUAUCAGAGAUUGACGAGAACGCAGAUCGAUCCCGUUACAAAACCUGUCAAACUAAACAUACAGACCAAGUCUAAGCAGACUAUACAAAUUGAGUGGCAGGAUGGUCAUCAUAGCGAGUACCCACUCAAGGUGCUUCGCAAAGGCAGGCCAACUCAGACCAGUGUGCGGAGAAGAGGUCUACUCGAGCAAAUCAUGUUCGACAAAUCAAUCGCAGCUAACCCACCGACGGUUGAUUACAAAGAUGUCAUGGAAGCAGAUGGUAUUGCAGAAUGGACUCGUCAAAUUGUGAGACCAAUGCUGAUUCAAAAGAACGUACAUGGGUUCUCAUUUGUCAAGAACUGCCCAAUCGAUCCCGAUGCAACGCAAAGGCUUUUGGAGACGAUUGGUCCUAUACGUGAGACACAUUACGGUGGGUGUAUUUCGCUAUAUAUGGUCUCAUAUGUCAAGUUGAAGCUAACGGGACAAGGCGGUUUUUAUGACUUCACCUCCAACAUGGCAAGCAAAGACACUGCUUACACGUCACUGGCUCUUGAGGCACAUACAGACACGACAUACUUCUCCGAGCCAGCUGGACUUCAAAUGUUCCAUAUGCUUUCCCACACUGGUGGAUCUGGUGGAGAAUCCCUGCUAGUUGAUGGAUUCGCGGCAGCCAGACAGCUUUAUGCCGAGGACAAAGAGGCUUACAAGAUCCUUAGUACAAUCGGCGUCUGGGCACACGCAAGUGGUAAUGAGGAUGUUAGUAUCCAGCCAUAUGUAUGCUUCCCGGUGCUUUCUCACGAUCCUAUUAUGGGACAUUUGGUUCAAGUUAGAUGGAACAACGCAGACAGAGCUGCGAUUGAAGCGCCCAGCGACAUGAUAGACAAGUGGUAUGAAGCUGCCAGAGACACCAUGCUAAAGACAAGCAGGAAAUUCAACCACAUCUUGAACAGCCCACAGAAUCAGUAUUGGACACAGCUGCAACCAGGAAUGCCUCUGAUCUUCGAUAAUUGGAGAGUGUUGCAUGGAAGAGGUGUUUUCACAGGCAAGAGACGAAUGGCCGGAGGCUACAUCAACCGUGAUGACUUCGUCUCCAAGUUCAAGUUGACAAACUCGAGUAGAGAUGAAGUGCUUGAAGCGACUGUCACUGGGAUUGACGAAACGCGUGUAACUACGGGAGCAUGGGAAAUGGUGUUGGAGAGCGAAAGUCCGGCGGCAAACGCCGAGAGCGAUGUCAUUAUUGUUAAUACAACACCCCAUUUCACCACAUCUUCCAUCGCUGUUCCAUCGCCACAAGCUUCCGCUCCAUCCACCCCAUCGGCAUAUCAACAAAGAGCCGCCAGAAUGUCGACACUGGAAGAUCUUGACGCCCUGGAGCACCAGGACAAGAAGGAAGGCGAGGACAAGAGAGACGGCGAUGAGCAAGAUCCCAAGAAGCCCAACCAGGGCGGCGAUGCCGAUAUGAGGGAUGCCGACGGCGACAACAAGGGAGAAGAGGAGGAAGAGGUGCUGGACUCGGACAUUCUCAACUCAAGCACAAGAGACAUUGUCACAAGGCGGCGAUUGCUAGAAAACGACACGCGCAUCAUGCGCUCAGAGUUCCAGCGCCUCACACACGAGAAGCAAGCCAUGCUGGAGAAGAUCAAGGAUAAUGUUGACAAGAUCGACAACAACCGCCAACUCCCAUACCUUGUCGGCAACGUUGUCGAGAUUCUCGACCUCGACGUAGAAGAGGACGCCGCCGAAGAGGGCGCCAACGUCGAUCUGGAUGCCACCCGCGUAGGCAAAUCCGCCGUCAUCAAGACGUCAACCCGCCAGACCAUCUUCCUGCCUCUGAUCGGUCUGGUCGACCACGAGAAGCUCAAGCCCGGUGAUUUGAUCGGAGUCAACAAGGACUCAUACCUCAUUCUCGACACACUUCCUGCCGAGUACGACAGCAGAGUCAAGGCCAUGGAAGUCGACGAGAAGCCCACCGAAAAGUACACGGAUGUCGGUGGUCUGGACAAGCAGAUUGAAGAGCUAGUCGAGGCUGUUGUCUGGCCGAUGAAGGAGGCCGAGCGCUUCAAGAAGAUCGGCAUCAAGGCUCCCAAAGGUGCCCUCAUGUACGGCCCUCCCGGUACUGGAAAGACUCUCCUCGCUCGUGCAUGCGCCGCUCAAACAGAAGCCACCUUCCUCAAGCUGGCAGGCCCCCAGCUCGUUCAAAUGUUCAUUGGUGACGGUGCCAAAUUGGUACGCGACUGCUUCGCUCUGGCCAAGGAGAAGGCUCCCUCAAUCAUCUUCAUCGACGAGCUUGACGCUGUCGGUACAAAGCGUUUCGACAGUGACAAGAGUGGUGAUCGUGAAGUCCAGCGUACCAUGCUUGAGUUGUUGAAUCAGCUUGACGGUUUUGCUAGCGACGACAGAAUCAAGGUUCUCGCCGCAACAAACAGAGUCGAUGUUCUGGACCCUGCCCUGCUCCGCUCUGGUCGUCUUGACCGCAAGAUCGAAUUCCCUCUGCCCAAUGAGGAGUCUCGUGCUCAGAUUCUGCGCAUUCACAGCAGAAAGAUGACUGUCGAUGAGGGCGUCAACUGGCCCGAGCUGGCAAGAAGUACCGAUGAGUUCGGUGGUGCCAUGCUCAAGGCUGUCUGUGUCGAGGCUGGAAUGAUUGCACUCCGUUCAGGACAGUCCAAGAUCAUUCACGAGCACUACGUUGAUGCGAUUGCCGAGGUUCAAUCGAAGAAGAAGGAAUCAAUCUCCAUCUACGCUUAA